CUAAAUCUAUAUAUUAUGUCUUCCUUUCAGGGCGACCCUGGUAGCGAUGGCGAAGUAGGAAAACUGGGACCUCAGGGACCUUUUGGUAUUCCUGGCGAAGACGGAGAUGUAGGAGAUCUUGGGCAAACAGGAGAAUCGGGAGAUGGUGGUUACACUGGAAAGCCCGGAAAGAUGGGUAUUCCUGGAUUAGAGGGUGAGGAAGGUGACUCUGGAAAUAAUGGAACUGACGGUCCUCCGGGCCCACCGGGCUCUCCGGGGGCGCAAGGCAUGUUGGGCCCACAGGGAGAUCCCGGAGAUGAGGGUUCAGUGGGUCCCCAGGGUACUCCUGGUACACCGGGUGAACGUGGACCAACGGGCGUCGACGGAAUGGAGGGAGACCCAGGCCCUCCCGGCAUGCCCGGCCCACAGGGUCCUCCAGGCAGUUACCUUGUUAGUUCACUGACUGCAGGAUCUGGUGAUAAAGGACCCCCGCCGAACUAUCGACUGUAUUCCAGCACAAAGAGGACUGCUUAUCAGAAGAACAAGAAAGACACUCCUGAUUUGGAGAGUCCUGUGGUGAAAAAGAUCCUUGAUGGCUACGAAAAUCAGAGGGUCAACUACAGGCGGCAAAAAGGCAGCAAAUAUCAUCCCGCCCGCUCCUGCAGAGAUCUGCAGUUAGACAGUAACAGUACUGUAGAGAGUGGCUAUUACUGGAUUGACCCCAAUGAGGGCUGCAGCAGCGAUGCGGAGUACAUAUACUGCGACUUUGAGAACAAGAGGGCUUGCGUUCAUCCAAAGAAAGAAAACAUCACAAUUGAUAAUGCACAAUCUCAACAAUGGAUCAGUGAAGUUCACCCAGAUGUAAAGCUGAUUGAAUACAACAUGGAUCCCGUGCAGAUGAGGUUCAUGAGGUUACUGAGCAUGCGUACCACUCAGACCAUAACUUACCACUGCUACAACUCACGGGCCUGGGAAGAAGACAAUGACCGAACUAUUAAACUACAAGGAGAAAAUGAAAUGGAACUAACUUCAUCAGAGAAGACAAAACCUAAAGUUAUCACCAACAAUUGCGAUAAUAAAGAUGGUUCCUGGCACCAGACAGUCCUUGAGAUCGACACCAAACAACAGAACGCCUUGCCUGUAGUAGAUGUUGCUGCUUAUGAUGUUGGAGACAAACUUCUUGAACAGAAAUUCACCAUCCAGCUGGGACCUGUCUGCUUCGUGUACUAGCUAAGAACAAUGCCAGCAAAAUGUAGCUUUUGUAAAUUUCAUGUGUGAAAGAUCUAUUCUUAAAUAACGUACUCAGUAUCUAGUAGAAAGUAUACGGCCCCAAGGUCGUCUUAUAGUUUAACUGAGCGAGUCUGGUGUUCGCGAUGCCUCGCAUAAAUAAAGACUGUUUUGUAAGGCAGGUUCCCUUUAUUAUUUUUAAUGACACGGCAAGCAGCCAUUCUUGGCUUAAGUUAAAAUCUAAGGGAGCACUUUGUUACUGUUAUUGCCACGGAAACGAAGCAAGAGUAACCAAUGAAGGUUUGACUGAUGAUUCAACAAAUGCAGAAUAAAUGUAGUUGUUAUUUCAGGAUAAGCUUUCAAAAUUGCGAAGAUGGCGUUCAAGCCAAGUUAACUUUAAAAUAGGUAAAUUAUUUUGAUAAACGGUGAGAUACGGAAAUAUUUCUUUAUGUGUUAGUCUAUAAAUAUUGUAUUACAGUGUGCCAAAUCGAAAUGUUA